CAGCUGCACUGUGCCGUCCACCAAACUUCCUAAUGGGAUCUUUGACGUCGCAGCUUUCCGCUCCAUCGCAAGUCACGACAGACGGUCAGAGUGAAUGUCCGGUACACACACCUAUUGGUGGUUGUCCAUUCAGAGAUAGAACUGCUUUAGAUCCUUCCAAUAUGAUGCCACCACCGAAUCAGCAACCUAGCCCGGGUCAACCUUUUCCUCUAUCUACUGAUCGCGAAGUGUCCACUAUUCCUAAAGCGGAUGAUCCAAAUGGUGGGACGUGGAUAUAUCCCUCCGCACAAAUGUUUUGGAACGCCAUGCUACGCAAAGGGUGGCGGUGGCGCGAUGAGGACGUCACUCAGCAGGAUAUGGAGCACAUCAUUCGUAUCCACAAUGUCAACAAUGAAUUGGCCUGGCAUGAGGUACUGAAGUGGGAGGCGUUGCAUGCGAAGUACGAAUUGCCGUUUGACAGGCAUGACUGGAUCGUGGAUCGAUGCGGCCGAGACGUUCGCUACGUGAUUGAUUACUACGAUGGUGGCCCUGUAGACGAGCACGGCCGUUUCACCCUUUUGGAUGUCCGCCCUGCCCUUGACUCAGUGGAAGCAGUAUACGACCGGGCUAGGGUAGCUUGGAUGAGAUUUCGUUCUCCAGAACCACCAGUACCUCGUGAUCCGUCGUUGGAUAGCCCUAGCAACCAAACUCCAGCUGUUUGAACCGUGAUCCAUUGCACUUCCUAUCCUUUCUGUAGAUACAGACAGUACUCCCAAGAAAUAGGGUGUUUUCAGUAUGUUAGUUAUUGAACUGGAGCAUCAUUCUGUGGCCAUAUUGGACCAUUGAGAUCCUUGACUACAUACACCGAUGCUUAUCAGGCUAACUUAGCAAGAUUAC